CGCAGAUAAUCGAAAAAGAGCAAAAAGAGGUAGGUAUAACGGAUGCAUUCUAGAUUGCGAUGGAACUCAGAGAAACACGAAUGCUCUGGCCCAAUUAAGUAAUUGAGAAUACCUUUCACAUUACACCUAAUCAAGAAAAUUCUAGACAACUACUGGACGAGUUGUCGCCGUUGGCGCCACGAGGAGAAGCGUAUCCGGAUGUGACGAGCAGCCAGGCUUACGGUCAAAUUAUUGAUUGUUGAUACUUGCUUUUUCUUAUCGAAAAAAUGGGUCUCUGUCUCUUUCGAGAAGAGGAGAAUGAUGCGCGCAUUCUCAAACUGGCUGAGCUCAAGAAAAAGUUUCAAGGUGUCCUCGGCAACAAAAAGAACCUGGAACAAGAAUGCUACUACUUGUGGGGACAGAUUACACAAGGUACAACUACUACCAGUACUAGAUGAAACUGAAACGUGAGCAGGUGUAGUAUGAUUUAAUGAUUGAGAGGCUGAUAUCUACUGAUGCAGUUGUGUUUUGUAUUUGUAGUAGGGACGGAAAAUCAAGAAAAUUGAGAAGUAAGUAGACCUAUUCAUUGUUAAUUUUUUACAACAUACAGGGCACAGCAUUCAUCUUUCUCUUCCCUCAGGCAGCUUCCCAACGCCUGGGCAAGCUAAGCAGCCAGCACAGUUCGUGGACAAAGCAGACAUAAUGAGCAUAACGCAAAAAUUCAUCGAUAAUAUAGACGGUGGCGAUGAGGAGACAUUGAUGGGCAUCGAUUUGCUGAUAAAUGGACUGUUAUGAUGUGAAAUUGAACCCCCUUUUUUUUAACUAGAAUAAAACCGAAGAGUAAAUAAAACUCUCGUUCUUUACUAGUUUUUCAUGCCACCUGCCGCCUUAGAUAAUCCCCGCCCAUCUGAUCCUCCGACCUCCUUGUUCAUAUCAAAAAAGAAUCAAAAAAAAUGAUUUGCAUUUGCCCCCCCUCCCUCCUUCAUAUGUACCCGAGGUGAUAUAUCACGAUGUUUUUCUGGUGUAUGUGCGCGAUGUUAUGUUCGUUCUGGACAAGGAGCUGCAUAGGAGGUCUUAUCAUUGCUCAUACAAGGUGAGUACUUGAAUAAGUAACGUUUCAUCAUCAUUCAUCAUUCAGCACAAAAAAUCAGGGUAGUUGAGGUUUAUAAGCUCUGAAAUCACAUAAUUAUCCUUAUUCUCCACCGUCGUGCUUGCUGCUUCGUCCUGACUUAAAAUAGCACUACGAACAACUUUCCACCGCCAAACUAUCUCUAUCUCUCUGUUCCCUUCAACAGAUACGAGCAUGCCCUCGAAGCUCAAGGGUCUCUUUGCGCGCCAGCAUACCAAGAAGACGUUGGUGGAGGGGUUCAGCAUUACUGCUACCAUGCUCGGAACGACAAGAGAGAACCCUUCCAUCGAAGUCAAUUUGUACCGACAAGUAGUGCUAGUUUGGCGGCAAACUUGACGUUCGGUGCACCACCAGGAUAUACUCCGCGAGCAGCAGGAAUUGUUAAACAGGGUUUUUCAAUCUUUUUUGGAUUUUUGCAUUUGCAAUAUGUGUGCUUGAGUAAUACUACUUGAAGAUUCACACAUAAUUGUUAAUUUUUUAGUAUCAAGGAGCCACCAUUACGGUUCUCUUCUAAUCUCUGCGCACCUCCACAAGCAGGACAAGCAGCGGCACCAUAUGGAAAUGGUCAACAAGGUCCUCCGUAUGGUGGAGGUAAAGGGGCACCGCCAGGACGUCCUCCACCCUAUGAGUACAACAACUACUACAACAAUGGUGGACUUGGGAGUUCACAGCCUCAGCCUCAAGGAGGUCAACAACAAAACAGCCUGCUUCUACAGCAGAACACUGGACAACAGUUCAAUAAUGGUCUCUCCAGCAAUGGGAUUUACGGUAACGGAUCGGGAAUGCCAACGAAUACAACGGGAGGUUUCGUACACUCUUCUAGUGGUGCAACAGGAAUGAUGAAUGCGUCUUCUUCUACGAUACUAGGACGAGGAACAAGUAGUGCUGGUAGGAGUCCCUUCGUGUCAGGAUCAUUCCAGACAGGUGGGGCUAGAUCAUCUACGAAUCUGUCAACUGGCACUGGAGCUUUUGGGAUGCAGAUGGCAAGUUACGAAAAGACUUAACAUCAGACAAAACAAGUAAGAAGAAGGGAAGGGGAAGAAAAAAUUAAUUAAUUACUGUGGCAAACUCUGCAUCACCUCUUGCCAGGCAAAUUCAUGCAUUCAGUCGUUCAUUAAAAGUUGAAGUGUUGGAAUGGGACAAGAACCCUGUAGUUGAUGUCGUAUCUCAUCGUAUCUGCAGAUGAGCACAUCAAGGUGUGUAUUAUUUAUCUAAAUACGUAGGUCUUGUGGCUUGGACUUCAAUACAGACCGAUACUUGUAAUUCUAUCUGAGGCAAGGAAGAAAGCGACUACUAGUUGUGCUCACGACCCUUACGUUGACGACUCAAGAAUCCUCUCUCUUUCUAACUCCAUCAACAGGGAACACGCACGCGAACAACUGGUUCUUCUAUUCCUUCACCCUUUGUGCCACCCCCAGCACCGAAGACUGAUCAAGAGUCUGUCGUAGGUGGUCCGGCGAGGACCAGUGACCACCUAACGGGCACAUUCGAUAGCCUUCCAGAUAGUGUGAGGGCGCCGCCAUUCAUACCCCAACAACACUUGAAACCAGAAACAAGCUUGCAGCUGCAUAAGAAGUAUGGCUCGAUGGUGGAAAAAUAAUAUUUAUAUGAAACAAGUUCAAGUUAAAGUUUGCAGGUGCGUAAGAAGUAUGGCAAGUAGCAUGUGAAGAAGAAUAAAAAUCUACUCGAGCAAGUAGAAGAACAACAUCAAGUCUUGUUGAUGCGCGUUAAUCAUUUUAGACGUUUUCUUCUAGAGUCCCAUUUACACCUCCUAACAAUCCACUUUUCCUACCUCCUUUCAUACUCUCAACGGAGUGGACAUCGAUUAUCCACCUGAAGUGACGCCAGGGGCUAAGAAAGACGCGAUAGGCGCCUCAUCUAGUAGUGGAACUGGAGGAGCUUUGUUCGAAAACGUAGAGCAAGUUCGUGAUGCCUUUCUAGAAGAAGGAGUGUUGAUGCAGGUACUUAUUCAUAAAGAUGAUGAGGACGAUGACGUGUUGAGUACGUGUUACAACAACUACUCACGUAGUUGUUUGUAACAGAUGAAACUAAGUAUAACAUCUAGAAAACUCUCCAGCACCUUUGCAAUGUAUUACUAUUAGUUAGAAUUAGGUCGAUUUUCUUCGUCUUCGACAUCAAGCAUUUUAUCAAUCUUACGACCCUUCAACUUUAUCCUCCGAAACUAGAACAUCUGUCAAUCAAAUUUUCUUGUCCUCACUCCAACCACAGGUAUUCAACCAGUUUUACGAGCUCGAAUGGAAAUAUAUCAAGUUUUUACGCAGUAGUCCCACAUCUGCUCCAAGCAGUAUCGAAUUAGUGGCACCAGCCCAAUCAGGGAUCGCAUCUAUGAACUUUCUGCUCACUGAGCUGGACCGCGUAAUCAAAGGAGCGCAAGUCUUGGCGGAAUUAGGCGAAGAAAUUAGUGCGACCAAAGCGGCACAGGUACUUAGCUUCCUAUAUUAGAAGUUUGGUAGUUAUACUUCUUCUUGUGGUCGUUGGUUCUCGUGCGUGAUUUUCGUUUAUGAGUGACAUCUGAACGUGGGAGGAAUUCCUUCGUUCAUGGGGCUCGAUUUUGAUGGUAUUGAUCCUACUGCAGCAGCAUCGUUGUGGGGACAGUCGUGAGCAUUAUAUGUCCCUCUUCCUCCAGACCCCCCGACGCAGAGAAGCGUUUAGCAUAAUAUACAUAGAUAUAUAUUUCUCUUCUUCGUCUCCCUCCUCCAGAUUCCCGAUGCCGAAAAGCGUUUAGCAGCCUUCAUGUUUGGUGUUGAUGGUCUUCUGAUACUGGUUCUGCCAGAUGCGCGAGUUGGGGAGUUGUGCUUCAAAGCAUUUAAGACUUUCGGCGUUCAAGUAGGGUGAGCAAAACAGAGAUGAAGUUGCGGAUCAAGAUAUCAAUUUGUUGCACACUAAGCAGAACCUUCAUUUUUUUGACAAACCUAGACUUCUAGGGUGGCGACAACGAAACCCGGGUAAAAACUAGUAAGAAGAGAACUCCAUCUACAUUAUAUAUAGAAACAAUCACAAUUUUCUUUUCUCGAAUCCAAUCAAUCUAUCCUUUUUGUGCUCUAGCACCAGAUCGCUUUUUUUUUCUUUGCUGGACUACUUUGUUUUUUCCGGUUGUUCAUCAAAUAGAGAACCACAACUGACGUCGUGGAAAUGCAAAGGAAUCUACACAUCAGGUGAGUGAACUGAGAAUCACAGAAAUGGGCGGGUAUAAUGAAAAUUUUUUAGGGCAGCUG